AAACUUCGCCAUUGUGUUAUGUAUGUGUAAGUAGAGAGAUAGGAUGGUCUCCUUCAUUCAUUUAUUUUCGCAAUAUUUGGAACACUCGUGAGGAAGAGCAUACUGGGGACUUGACGCUCUACCAACUACCAAGUAUUCUCCAGAGAUUAACCUGGAUUCAGAAUGAAUGGGCAUGUGAUUGUACCAAAUCUUAUUGCUGUUGACUUCUGGAAAGAAAGUGCUGCGACAAACUUCUUCCUCACCCACUGUCAUGGGGACCAUCUAAGUCCUAGAUUGACAAGAUGGUCGAAGAAAAUCUACACCUCUAAACUUAACUGCGAGAUUCUGCAGAUCAUAUACAAUCUGCCGCCCAGCCUGCUGGUGGAGCUGCCGCUCGGAGAGACGACAGCCGUGGACCGGUUCCAGGUGACGGCACUGGACGCCCGCCACUGUCCGGGCAGCAUCGUCCUCCUCUUCCAGGGUGAUUUCGGCUCCAUCCUGUACACGGGCGACCUGCGGUUCUGGCCGGGCCUCCUGGACGAGCCGGCGCUCCAGUACGUGGUGUCAGGACCGGGCCUGGACAGGCUGUACCUGGACAACACCUACUGCUCGCCAGAUUGUGUGUUCCCGCGGCGCGAGGAGGUGCUGGAACAGGUCAUCCGCUACCUCAGGGAGUGGGACGACUGCGACAUCUAUAUCGGCAUGCGCGAGCUCGGCAAAGAGGACGCCGUGCUGGCGAUCGCAGAGGCACUGCAGACGGACGUGAUCGUCAGCAAGUCGCGGCUGCGCCUGCUCGAGUGCUGCGCGCCAUCGCCGCGCUGGACGACCGACCCGCACUCUGGCGGCCGACUGCGACUGGUGCCGUUCCGUCAGAUUGCCGAGUACGGCUCGGGCAGUACGGAUACGGGCCGACAGCGCGUGGCGCUGCUGCUGACGGCGCUCUAUGUGGGCUCGCAGCUGCCAGCCCAGUACAGCGGCGGGCGGGUGCAGGUGUUCCCCUACAGCGACCACUCGUCGUUCCCGGAGCUGUGUGAGCUGGUGCGCCGCGCCCGGCCGCGCCGCGUGCUGCCGCUCGUCAACCGGUGGGCGGCGCGCGGCGGCCACACGCACCGCGACCACUCGGCGCGCGCCAACAUGGCCGUGUUCCGCACCUACCUGCGCCUCGACAGUCCACCGCCGCCGCUGGUGCCGCCGGCAGACGGAGCGGCAGGGCCGACUGACGGAGCGGCAGGGCCGAGUGACGGAGCGGCAGAGCCCCAGAAGGUAGCCCCGCCAGGUGACGCAGCGACAGAUCCUCAAGAGGUCGUCCCGCCGGCUGAAGGACCGACAGGGCCGACAGAUGAAGCGACGGAACCCCAGAAGGUAGCCCCGCCAGCUGACGGGCCUGCGGAGUCCCGACCCCCGUCUAAAGGAGCAAAGGAACACCAGCAGGAGACUGAGACGGAGGGACGGAAGCGGCCAGCGAGGCAGACGACUGGGCAGAAGACAAAGAGGCGCAGCCGAUCGGCCAGGAGGUCGAAGAAACCGGCGGGGAAGACAGAGUCGGAGGCGGUGGGCGCGGAGUCUGAGUCAGCGGGUGUGGAGUCCGAGUCAGUGGGUGCGGAGUCGCAGGCGGCGGGUGCGGAGUCUGAUUCAGUGGGUGUCGAGUCGCAGGCGGUGGGUGCGGAGUCUGAGUCAGUGGCCGCAGAGUCCGAGUCGGUGGGUGCCGAGUCGCAGGCGAGGGAUGCGGGGUCGAAGGCGUGGUCCGGUAGGCAGUGUGGCGGCCGGCGGCCAUGUCCGUUUUUGUUGGUGGGCGGCCGGCUGGUGCGCAUGAACCGGGUGCUCUGCACCCCGGACGAGGUGAAGGAGUGGCUGACGUCGUGCGGCGGCCCGGUCGAAGCCCCAGAACGGUGAUUACCAACCGUGGCUGAUGUCGGUUCAGCCGCUGUGGCCCAGAUGUCUUUCAGACAGUGGCUGGGCAUCCCAGCUCAAUCAUCAUUCAAUCAUCAAAGCUAUCGUUUCAUCGUUUCAACGUAGUCGUGCGAGUGGGAUAUGCUUGCUUUAUUUGCUAGUGUGCAUGCUGGCAUAGAAGAACUCCAUAUGUUCAAGUGUUUAUUUUAUUAGUUUUCAAGUUUUAUGCAUGCAGAUUGCAGAGUACCGGAUGUAGUAAACGUUUGUUAUGUUACGUGUUGCGUUUUGCGAAUGCAGAAUACAGUCUA